CGCAUGUAAACAAACCCUGGGAACCGGGAGCACCUAAUCAUGCGCCGAGCUUCGAACGAUCACACGCAAAAGUCCUUCGUAACGUACGAGUCGUGCAAUCAGGCAGCGUGAUGAGUGCGUGGUAUCGUUUUACAUGACUUACGCGUGAACUUUAAAAUACGAACGUCGAAAAUAGGUGUGUUUAAUUCGCGUACAUAUCGUGCCGACACACGUGUGUGGUCGAGUGCGUAUCGAAAUUUUAUGUACACGGCGCGAUCGCGAUGUAGUUUGUUAUUAUUUGCCUCGAGAUGUUAUCGCGUGUUAUUGGAUUCACAAGUUGCAUCCAAGUGAAUCGCGCAAAGUUGUCGAGAAUGUCCGAAGAACCGUUCGAAAGAUCGCGGCAAAGUGCAACGUUACAAUGGUUAUGGAAACGAUGAGAGGGAGAAGAGAGCGGAAUAAAAUGGCGCGACGCGAGUUUCGCAGUUUCCAUUUCAACGUCUUUAAAUGAGCGACAGUCAAUUCCUGCAGAGCGUUAUUAUUAAAAUAUCGUCAAACGUUGAGAGGAAAGAGGAAGAAAAUAUCGAGGAGGAAGAAAAAGGUGCGAAUCUGUUCUCUUUUCGACACGCAUAAUCAUCGAGGAACGACCGGGAUCGAGAGUGGCGAAGUGCUUGUCUGCGAACGCUGUGACGGAAGUUGGACGCUCUCGACAACAUGCCCCUGACGAAUCGCAACGAGAGAUAAAGGUGGGACCGAAGGAACAAGCAUCUCAUCCUAAAGGGAGCAGCGGGAGAAGAAAAUAUGGGAAAAGGAGACAAGAGAAGUGUCGCGCAGCGCGGUGAUGGCGCCAGCACCAAUCUCGUGGGCAAAUUCACGCAGAGCGUCCGGAGGAUCGUCCAGGACGUAAAGGACGAGGGCACUUCGAGUGGGCAAACGAAGGAAGAGGUGAUUGAGACGAACGAGAGGCUGAGAGUCGUGAGGAUACGCCUGGACGGUAGCUACGACACCGCCAAGAGAGCACUCGUCGAAUUGAUGUGCAAGUACACCGAUAGCAAACAAGUGCGCAACGUGUUCCAGCGUUACAACCUCCUCAAGGUUAUGAUCAAGGACGUAAUUAAGUUGGAGACGCAGUAUUGGACGCUGGUGGAUAUACCGAGACAAGAAAAGCAGGAGACAGUGCCCGCCUUCGUGCUACGUGCCUGUUCCAUCAUGGAGAAGACUCACAAGAGCGGCGAGGGUGUGAAAACUUCGGCGCGUCUCGCUGAGGAAGCCGAGACCAAAAGAGAACGCAUCGAGAGACUUGAGAGUAUGACAACAGCGCAAAUCGAAGCGGAGAACACUCAGAUGACUAACGAUUUGUACAGAUUAUUGAAGAAAUACACGGGUCUCAGGAAUCUCAUUAAAGAGUUGAAAGAGGAAUACAAUAGCUCGAAGGUGUAUCCGAUGUUCCCGCGUUACACAAUACUAAAGGAUAUGAUAAAGGACAUAAUGCACAAUCCGGACUAUAUGGAGGUCUGUCACGAGGUGGACCAAGCAUAGCGGCCCGACCCCCUCCACCGUUCGCCACGUAUGACCCUGUAAAUUCCUUAGGGUUUCCGCGUGGUCGUCGGUGAAGGGGGUGAACCACAGAACGCACGCUUCAGCUUCGACUGAGUUUUCACUUUGGACAGCAAUCGCUGCAUUGUAAUUGUUUUUUGAUCUUCGUGAAUUCUCGUUUCUCUUUUUUUUUUUUUUUUUUUUAACGAAUCACGCGUCAGUACUUCCCGGAUAAAAGCCGAAAUUUAAUAGUGAAGCGUGACGUUUAAGAGAAACAUCACGUCGGUAUGAUGUCCCUCUCAAACGGUUGUUUAUUCUUCCGGAAAAAGUCAUAAAUUUUCUCGGCUGUUUAAAACAAAGACAAGAAAGGAAGAAUUAAGAGUGAGUGUAAAAAAGCGAUCUUUUUACUCAAUCAGCGUCGAACACAACAGGAAGGCAACGAAUAAGCGAAACAAAAUUUGAACGGAUGGACAGCCGCGAAAAAGAAUCAACCAUUUAAAAUUAUAACAUUAAUUUUUUAUUGUUUUGCAAAAUAUAUAUAAAAGUGCCGCUUAUUUAAGGCCGUUUAUCCGUGAAAUACUGUGAUCUAAAGAUGCGUAGUUUAAAACAACUUCGGAACAAAAACUUGUAUUUGUGUGUUAAUAUUUGCAAAUUGUGUGAAAUUACUUGCAGGUAAGUUAAAUAACUCAUACACAACACACGCAGUGUUUUUUAAGUGUUUUGUAAAGUUUUGGCGAUACAAACACACACACAUACACAUACACACGGAAAAUGGACUGAAUUUUAUGUGUGUGGAAAUGCGUUGCUGAAUGUCAAAACAUGACAACAAACAUCCUGGUACCAUUAGAAGAGCAAAGGUGGAAAUAGGUAUGUAUAGUCUGUUGUGAAGUCUCAAGUAGAGAGAUCGUGAAAUCAUCAAUGUACCUGCAGGAAUCUUGCUACUUGCUGCUUAAUCGUAAAAUCAAUUGACAGAAAAAAUAAAUAUGUUUAUCGCGCGCUUCAAAAUUAGAAAUAUUUAUCUUGCGAGUAAAUGGUUUUUGUUCUAUACAAGCAGCUUUUUAAAUAUGCAAGAUCGAAAAAUAAAUAUUAUUAAAUUGGUGCAAAAAAAUAAUUGCGGUUCUUAUUAUUUAUUAAUAAUUUCAAUAAAUUUAUUUAAUAAAUAACCAAAUCCGCAAUAGUGUGUGUGAAAGAAUUUCAGUUUUCACAUUUUUACAGGAAAAGUUAAUUCCAGCUUUUUUAAAUAGAUUUAAUAUUUUUUUCAAACAUCCCACAUUCCGCGAAAAAAGAUACUCGAAUUUCCGUUAAAAUCAAUCGCGAACAGCAGAUUUCGCAAGAUUCCAGCGUACAGAAGCGAUCGUUGUACAUUUUCUGAUUUCGUAUCAGAAUAGUCGCUCGCACGUCACACACAAAAGAGGAUAGCUGCGUUAUUAUUAUUACCGAGUGUGUCAUUUUCACACAUGGUACAUACAAUUAAUCGAUUAAUAAUCCACGAGAUGUCAAGUUGAUUAAAUCUGUGAGCGUGAAUUUGUACAUACGCGCGUGAGAGUUAUUGUGUAUGCAAGAGAAGAGAAAAUUAGCGUAAAAUUGUGACAGUCACGUCGAUAUUAUAAUGAAACAUAAUUAGCGUCUGCUUCCUGCUGUAUAUAAAACGUAAAAAGACAGUGUUGUGUAAUUAUUAAAUUAUUAUCGGUCUUACACGCGAUCGAAGUUCCGUUUUGAUAAAAGUUGUUUUUACACAAGAUAAAAAUGUAUAAUUUACACAAAAAAUGAACAACCACGAUAUGAUUUCUAUGUUUAUUUGAUUACACGUGAUUUCUUUUACAUAACCGACAACAGUGAGUGACAGUUGUUUUUUUUUUCCCCGUCAGUACGUAUACUAUAAAUAUUAAUGAUUCUUCUGUGGAUACACGCAACGCUUCCAUUAUGAAUCGCAAGAUAAGCUAAGAUCGUAUUCGGUGGCGUAGAUAAGAUAUGUAUAAGUGUCCAACGUGUUUCUUUUGUGCGGGAAGCAGAACGAAAGAAAAAAUAUCACGUAUAUACGUUUUUAUGGUAAGUAAGUUCACUUCACAAAGAAAGGGACUCCGUGAUCUUGAUCCUGGCGCUGAUGUUGUCAAGAUCAUCGGCGUCUCCUGAGUGAAAAAAAAUAUAUAUCGCAAUUUACCGAUUCACCGGCCGCAUUUAGCUAAAAAACGAUUACGCGAUAAAAAUUUAUAUGCUUAACAAUAAACGACCACGUGAACAACACAUUCUCCGUAUAUAUUAAUAAUAUAAGAACAAGUAUAACACACAAGCAGCGAGCUUUGAAUGAAAGCGUCGCUUGAGUGUUGAUAUAUUGCAUAAUGAACAUAUCAUCAGCAUUCGUAAAUUUUGCAUCUCGGCGAGGAAAGUCCCCGAAAGAGAUAAGUCUGAUUUUAAUGCGGGAAAAUGUAAAAGAGAGUAUAUCAGUUCACGAGACGCAGAUAAUCCCCAGCCUCGCAAAGUGCGUUUCUAUCAGAUACGAUACAUUACAAGUGCAACUGUAAACUACAGCAAAUCUUUCUCGAGGGACUCUCGCUCGUGGAGUAUUCGCAUCCACGCAAAACAUGCAUAUUGUAUAUGCAUACUGUGCAGUUCGAUACUGACAAACACGAGAACAAGGAGAUGUUAUCGAAACGGCAAUCCAACCGUAACGAAAAAAAAGAACGUGCCAUGUUCUCCUGAAGUGCUAUACCUCAUGUAAGUAUAUAUAUUUACGUAAAAACAAAAAAACCAAAGCGUGUGUAACGCACGUCAUCUUGCACGUGAGCUGCAAAUUUGUAAAUGUACGUAAUACACACACACACACACAUAAACACACACACACAGUUGCAUCGGCGCGAAUUACCGCCGGCAAUUUCAUUCGCGUGCAAACGUGACAAGAAGAAUCCUUUGUGGGAUUUGGUUGUUCUUCUAUCAUUAAGAUAUUAAGCGAUGUAUACUAUAUUAAAGUACAUUACAUACAAAGAGACGAAAAUGGCUGACAGCCCGAAAUCAAAAUACAACAUAUAAUGCGCGGCGGACAUUGGAACGAGAUGAAGAUCCCGAUCUUUCGUAUUGCGGGUCCUUUCCAAUGUUCGCCGAUGGUUAGCGUUCCCCUACCCAUCCCCUUUCCCCCGCCCCUCAUCCUUUGAAAAACAAAGUUUAGCACUGUACAUUAGAAAACGAGUCAAAACGAGUACUACGUAUCAUCAAAAUGGUUAAUCAAACUCGAAUAUUAUUAUAAUCGAUCAUUUAUAAAGCUGGAUACAGGCAAAAAGUGUAAUUCACACACAAAAUAAUCAAAAUAAUGCGUUUUGUUAAAUCAAACGAAUGAACAAAUCAAAAUCUUUGAAAAGAUAUUUUAAGGUCUUUUUUCCUUGAAAAACAAAAACAAAAAUAUAAAGAAACUUUGAUGUGGAAACUUGUGAUAAUAAGUUUACUAAUAAUGUCAUAAAUUUAUUGAAUAAAAUACAAUAAUAAUCCAUGUGGCGCAACAAUGUUAAAAAUAAAUAAAAGAACAUUAACAAGCAAAAUCAAAGGACAGUCUGCAUCCAGCACGCUUUAUCUCUAUAUAAUUUUUUUCUCCGCAAAUUAACUGUCUAGAAUAGAGCUUUCGACGUAAAUAUUUAUCUUCUAUUAUAUACUACGUACAUAAAAAGGGCAUUUGAGAGAGAAGAGCAUGCUUUGUCACGGAAAAUAUAUUUUUUCAAUAGUUUUUUUUUCACGUACAUUAAAUUUAAUGAAUUUUUUCAACAUUCUUUUAAAAUACGUAAUAUUGUUUAUUAAACUUAUCAUUUCUUUAUAUUUCGGAGAAUAGCACACCGCGAUCUCAUAUCCUAUAUCUAAAAUUACUUUUUCUAAAUAAAUUUUUCUACAAUAUAUAUCCUACAAAAUUAAUUUUUCUAAAGAAUCUAUAUAAGACAAAAAACUUUGCAGGGUAUUUCCACUAAAAUGUUGUAACACAAAGCAUUUUUUUAACGAAGUCAAAUGAAACUAUUGUUUAAACGACCGAUUUCUUAAGGAUUCACAGAAACAGGACUAAUUAGCAUUAUUUUGAAGAUGAACCUGUAUAACUAUUCCGUAAAUAAUCGGAAUAUAUUUUCCGGCACUUUUUUUUCGAAAUCUCUAGAUAUAUGUAUAUUCACAUCAUAUGAAAAUAUUUGUAUCUAUUUAUCCGUUUUGCGAUGCAACUUGUGUAAAGAUAUAUACAUAUAUGAUAUUGUAUAUUCAUUACGUGAAUAUACGAUAUAUACGACCAAAAAAAAAAAUAAUUAGUCUAUAAUUUACGGAGCAAUCGAGAUAUAAUGAUAUAAAUGAAUAUAUAUUGUUUAAAAUAUUAAUUGAAAAUUAA